GCCUUGACGAAGAGUAUGGCUAUCGCUGCUAUAUGGAGUCUGAUGAAGAACUGAUAGAUAGCUGUUAUUUCUUGUCGUUGUCCGCUCGCCUCGUCGUCCGCCAGCCGAGGUUGUUCGGUUCGGUUCUGUGAGUGAGGCGUGUCGUCCCUGAGGGAAUGGAUCCCGCUUCGCCUGAUGCUGAGGCCGCCACGACACAAUGCUCAGACUAUGAGCACUUCCUCACUCAGUACGUGAGCACACCCGACUGCUGCACACAGAGAAUAGCGGGUUAGAAGCCACGGAGAGCUUUUCUGCCUUGUUCUGUCGCUUCCUUUACUGCAGGAGCCCAAAUCAGCCCCUCUGGGAAGGCCCGGUAGGCUCGCUGCAGUGUCUGAGUUGCAAAGGCACCCUGAGAUGUGGCAGGCAGGCCCAAGUCAAUGUGUCUGUGUGUCUGUGUGGCUGCAGAAACCGGUCGCAUCCUCCCAAGAGAGAGAGCCCAUAUCGCUGGUCGUCUACUCACAGCAGACCCACACCGACUCCAGCACAGAGUCGCCCGCCACCAACAGCCAAGGCGACGCCGAGCGGUCCUUCUCCACCCUCCUGCACACACAGACGGACGGUGGCGAUGUCGAUGACCAAGGCGUAUCUGCCAGCAGCUGUGGUGGCACUGCGGGGGUCAGGAAGGGCGGGCGUCGGAGGAACAACGGCGGUGAGCGGGAGGGGUCCUAUGUGGAGGGGUAUGGAUCGGAGGGCGACGGCAGCGAGUGGCGGGAAAAGGAGGGGGUCGUGGGGGCUGACCACCACCUGCAGCAGCAGCAGCUCCUGAGGGCGCGUGCUGCAGGUAGGGACGGACGGACGUCGGCAUCCAUACAAUUAUGCCUGGGUGUGUGGUGGGUGCAUAUGGUAUGGUGGUAUCAGGGCGUGGUUUGGGCAGGGGCCUUUCUCGACAGGUACGCCUACAGGCACACGAGAGAACCAGAGGACCACACGCACACAUCACACGGAUGGACGGCCUGCCUGCCUGCCUGCCACUCUGUGUGGGUGGGGGGUUAGGUCGGUCCCCCUCCGUUGUCGCGUCGCCCCUCGUCGACGAACGUGCCCCCCGCGAUGCCUGGCGCCGCUGAGGUGCUCAAGGCUGGCCAGGGGACCAAGAUAAUAGUAGACGCCCGCAAGCCUGUUUUCUCUCAAGGUGAUAUGUGGAUCGACAGACACCAGCACGUCGUGUGCUGUGUCCAUGUGUCCAUGUGGCUGGUUGUGGCUGUGCAGACCACUUCCCGCCUCUCAACGCAGCGUUGAAUCGGUCACCGACGAAAAAGUCAGCGACCGACGAUGGGUGGGCCUUCGUGCCUUGCGAGAACCCUUCCCUCCCUCCCUCCGUCCUUUGGUCUUGUUGGUGUGCAGCUGUCCCGCUCGUGUGUCGUCUCCCGUCGGCGACGGCAAGUGCCCCCUGCCGCACGCCGCCCUGCCCCUUAACAAGCGCAUGGCGCAUCCUCAUGGGGACGAGCAGCCCCCACCUGACUACGAUGUGCGUGAACACCCGCGGGACUCGGACAGACAGACAGCCUCACUGACGGUUACGGCGAGUGGUUUUUUUCUGUGUGUGCGCGCGCAUAUAGGAGGUGGGCAGUGGGGGCAGCAGCACGCCCCGGCCAUCACUGGCCAAGGGCUCUGUGUGGGAACGGAGGAAGCACCACCACCAGAACCAAUACCAACACCAGCAUAACCAGCGGCGACAGGAGCAGCAGGCGCCACAGGGCGUGCAGGCGUUUCCCCGUCGGAGUGCGUUGGAUCCCGUCUCGCCCACGCACAAGAGCGACCAAGGCGCCACAGACACGGCAGACGCAUCAGCUCACGAGUAACCCCGCACUCACACGCACACACACAGAGGGGGAGAGGCUUUGGUGGGUGGUGGUCUUGUUGUCUUCCGUCCACCUGUCGAUCUGUCUGUCUGUCUGUCUGAGUGUGUGCAGGAGGCCCCCUCCAUCCGGCGGCGAGCCACAGGCUGCCCCCGACCUGGAGAGGCUGCUCAUCAACUUGGCCCACCCCUCCCGCCCCACCAGCGCCGCCCAAUCCGAGAUGACCACCUGCAGCCACUCCUCUCACGCCACCCGACACACCCCCGCCAGCACCACCACCAGCAGCGACAAACACAACAACAGGCGCCAUCCCGGUGACUCUGCCGACCCCUACGCAUCGCAGUCGUCCACACCCAUGUCUCGCUCGUCGGGGCGGGACGGCUCGCCAGCCGCUGGUGGCACUGGGACGUUCCGGCACCCCCGUGCAAACGGCAAUGGCAUUGUCGUCAAUGGCUGGCCCCCUGGCAGUGUGAGCAGCAGCGACUGGACGGCUGGUGCGAGAGGCAGCCUGAGGAGGGGGCCAUCACCAGCACCAUCAGCAUCAGCAGCAGUCAACGGUCAUGGUGCCGAUGGAAGUGGGUUAGAGUGGCGGACGCGGCAGCCCGACGAGGGCCCCACGGCCAGAUGGGACAUUCCUCCCCCCCGGGGCCGAGGAGGGCGCCGGCCGCCCUCCAUGCACAGAGGAGGGAGUGGGGGUGCUUAUGCUCCCUACCGGUACCCACGCCCCCGCCCGCCGCCUUAUCAGUCGCUCGCGCACACGCACAUCCCGGAUCAGCCGCUGCGGCAGGAGUGGCGCCCCACUUCAAGCAAGGCGGCACAGCAAGAGGAGAAUGGUGGUGGUCCUGACGGUGUGGGUGGUGGGGAUGGUGAGAGCGUGAGUGCUCCGUGCACGCCGCGGGCUGGCCCACGGGGCGCUGGGCGGGAUGGCCACCACGGGGGUGGGCGAGGCCACGGGUGUGCGCCGCCUGAGCCGAAGCCGAUAUCGUAUUGGUAUAGGGAGCAGCCCGUGGGGUCGCUGGCGCAUUGUGGGGUGUUCCAGCACCUGAGUGCCGAGGUAGACCAGUUCGUCGCGUCGGUCGACCACCAUAUCAAAACAAAGGUAGACGGGGGGAGGUGCGCUGGACAAACACUCACACACACAUGGAUGGAUGGAUGUGUGUUGUGUGUGUCCGGUGUGGUGAUAUUUACUGUAGGAGGGGGCGCGGCGGGAGCAGAUGCUUUGUGUGCUGAGGGCACUCAUAUUGGCCUUCUUCGAAGAGAACCGCAAAAAGUGAGAAGCUCACCGCAGGCACAGAACCAAGCGAGCCACCGUGUGGCCCCCGUGUGUGUGUCCUCCAUCCCUCCAUUCUCUCUCCCAACGACCACCAGAUAUCGCAGGGCACAGGCGGACCAGCCGAUAGGUGUGGAGGUGUUCGGGUCGUACAGCACCAACCUGUUCCUGCCCACCUCCGACAUCGACCUGGCCAUCGUCAACGUGGAGCUGCCGGCCGCCGACCCCCACCCUCUGGCAUAUGACUUCACACAGGAGCUCCUCCUCAGCAUCGCAGAGUGGAUCGACGUACGACACACACACACACACACACAUGGAUGGAUGGAUGUGUGUGUGUGUGUGGUGUGUGUGUUCAGCCGCGCUCGGCUCACAACGAGCGGGACCAUCCCGAGCUGCAUGAGUGGAUCAGUGGGGUGCAGUUCAUCCCAGCCAAGACCCCACUGCUGACGGUGAGGACCACCACGAGCGUCGAGGGCCACACUACGCAGAUCGACAUAUCGGUGGUGACGGGAAAGCACCACGGCAUACAGACGGCCAAACUCGUCCAGGUCAGCUGACUUGAGCUGAGGAAUCACGCAAUUCAUCUCUCUCUCUCUGUGUGUCUGUCUGUCUGUCUGUGUCUGUCAGCGAUAUUGCGAGGGGCUGCCGACUCUGCGGCCGCUGGUGUUGGUGCUGAAGCACCUGCUGAGCCAACGGGGGAUGAACAAGCCGUUCGAGGGCGGCCUGUCGUCAUACGCCCUCACUCUCAUGGCAAUCGCAUUCCUGCAGACACCCCAGCUCUACAACAACGCCCACACAGACGUCGGUAAGUCAGUAACUCACUAAGGGCCACCUGACUGCUGACUGCUGCACUGCACUUGAACCAGCCAUACCAACCAUUUGCACACCAGACCACACCUUUGCUAUGUGUGUGCUGUGCAGGCCAGCAGCUGUGCAGUCUGUGUGCCUUCUACGGCGGUGUGGCGGUGCCGUCCGGUGCGCAUCUGCUGGUGCCCAAGCAUAUCAACGGCCUCGGCCAAAUCGUUCCGGUCACUUUCUUCGACUACAAGUACAGAAGACCCUCCAUCCAUCCAUCCAUGCAUCCAUCCAUCCAUGUGUAUCUGCAUGCAUGUGUGUGUGUGUGUCCCUCCCGUCAGUUUGCUGGGCAUCAGUGUGCGGCCGCCCCACGAGCAGCAGCAGCAGCAGCAGGGCCAGCACCACGAGCGGCCGCCCGCCUUGUUCUCCCUGGUGCCGUUCAAUGGGCCCCUGGACGGCUCGCGGCUGUGCGUCGAGGACCCCAUGGACCGCACAAACAACGUCGGCAGAACCGCAUUCAACAUUUCUGAGAUACAGGUCAGUGAGUGAGUGCGGUGUGAGCGGAUGGACGCAGGCCUGACGCCUGUGAGUGACCAUGGCGUCGUCUGUGUGUGUGUGUGUGUGUGUGUGCAGCGUACGUUUCGGCUGGCGUACGGUGUGUUUUCCACCCCGUGUGUGUGCUGCGUCGGGGCAUCGCCGCCGCGGCAGUGCUCCAACCUGCUCAGAAGACUGUUCCUCUAUUGACACGCCGCCAACGGUCUCUCUCUCUCUCACUCCCUCUCUCGGUGGAUCCACACACACACAGUAUGCCACUUCGUUCCAUUCAACGUUUCUCCUCGGGCGCGUGUGUGUGUGUGUGGUCGAUGGUGUCCUCGGCUGUGUGGGCUGAGUGCGUGCGCGAGUUAGUGAGGUACUUACGUGGUUUGCACACCUGUGUGUGUGUGCGCGUGUGUGUCGUGUGUGGUGCAACCAAAGGUGUUUCUCCUGCCUGCCUGCCUGCCUGCCUGCCUGCGCGUGUGUGUGUGUGUCUUGGGUGUGCAAAGCCCGACCGACCGAAACGCUCGGGCGGUGGGCGGGAGUCGUUUGUCUGUCUGUCUCUUGAUGGGCUCCCUGGUGUGACGCUAGCUACCGAUGUUUGUCUGUGCAGACGGCAGGGGUCUGAUGGUCUGAUGGAGGGAGGAUGGGGUAGAUAGACAGAGGCCACGUGAGUGACAUAUUUGUAAUGCGCGUGUGAAUGAAUGAAGGCAAUGCUG